UAAUUAGAUAUUUUCGUAGUAUUCGUUAUUGCGAACGACUGAACUGAAUUCCGCACCUUCGAUCUCAAAAAACCCCCAACCUCACCCUUUCUCCUUACGCAACGAGGAGGAGAAUCCUGUAUUUCGUCGACUCUGAUUCCAGCCUCUCAAAGAGAACAUCGUCUUCCACGUGAGUUCUUCUAAAAUACCCAUCUCUCAAUUUUGUAAUUCUUUUUUGAAUUUUGAUGAUGAGUCAACAGCUUUGGAAUCCUACUGGAUCAAAUCAAAUCAAAUUCCCGAUCAGAACCCCAAUUUAUUUGAUAAUUUUAUGAUUUUUUUUCUUGGCAUUAGGUUGAUUUGUUUCCUCUCAAUUACCCAUAUCUGAAUUUUAUGAUUGUGUGUGAUUUAUGUUGGGUUUGGAAGCUGAAUUUUUGAACAAGAGUAGGAAUGGUGGUAUACUACUUUAUGGGAAAAUGUUUUGGCCCCCCAAAAAAAAAAAAAGAAAAAAAAAAAAAAGUUCUAAUGAAAUUCUUGUGGUGGUAAGUGUUUGGUGUAAAUGUACAAACUGGAGAGGAGCUGGCUGUUUAGCUGGUAUGUAAUUUUUGAUUCUCGAAUCGUAGAUUAUUCAGUUUUGAUGUUUCGUUUGGUGCUAAAUCCAAAUGUUCUUGAGCAUUCUGUAGUUUUGUGCCUAAAAUAUAUAUGGGUGGGGUAUUAAACUGACUGUUAAACCCGUGCUCUGUUGCGUGGCUUUGUUUUUUGACUUCUCUAGUGAAUAAAUAAUAGUUCUACACAACAUAAUUUUGUUUAGCAGAUAGUGGAUAAAUCAUACUGCUUUUGAGAACCAAACGUAGCAAAUUACCAGAAGCUAUGUUGAUGAAAAAAAUGGCCAAACAUAUUGACGUUUUCCGGCGACUUUCCUCCAGUUUCGGCCAACCCCGCUGGAACCUGGCCUCGACCCAAGUGAAAAUAAUGAUUCUUUCCCCGUAGGCUCUCCUCUAGCGUAAGUUUUUCCCAAGGUCUUAACUUUCAGUUUUGGGAUCAAUUAUUGAUUUCGAAUUUUAAUUUGGUAUUCUGUAUGAAUAUUUGAGAUGAUACUCGUUGUAUUGUUUAGGAGUUGAAUCGGAAGUGGGCAAUAAGGAUUGGUUGCAUAUUUAGGGAAGAACCUUGAAAUCCUAACCUCAAUUUGGGUCUCUUUAGAAAUGUAAGAGUUGGGUUGGUUUUAUAAGUAUUAGUGUUAUUCCAUAAUCGAGGCCAGAUACAUUUGAUUAUUUUGUGUGCCAUAUUUGUCCUACCCUUGAAGAACAUUGCUGAAUUUGUAUGUGUUGUAGCCUAGGUUUGUCUAGAUAAUUAGAGUUCUAAAACUACUGAGUGGUUCUAUAUUUUUCCAUGGCAUUGUCAGAUGCUGAUGCUAAAUACUUGAUUGGACAAUGCUAUUAUUAGAGUAGUAUAUGACUCUUGGUUUUGGUCACUGAUUUAUUGGUAGGUCUUUAUUUCAUUGUUUCAGAGGAUGAAGAGCUUAAGACUGCUAGGAAUUUAUAUUUUAUUUUGAGGCACUUGAAUAAACAGUUUGGUUUUCUAUGUUAAUUAUUAAGAAUCAUUGAUAUGGUUUAGCUGGUGUACUAGUUACGAAUAAUUAUUCGAAUGUUAAAGUUUAGGGAUCGCAUGUUAUUCUAUGGCCUGAGAACUAGUUCCUUGAUAUCAAACAUUUUACUUAUUCUCUAGUUGAAUAUAACUAUGUUCUGAAUUCAAGUCCAAUUUAAUACGGCGGGUCAGGUUCUUGUGGUUUGUUUGGCAUGCUUAUUUGAUUAACUAGUGCAAAUAAAUGUUAUCAGAUUUAGUGAAGUUGUAAAUAUACUGGAUUCUAUGUGAGGUGGUUGUUUUCAAACUAUUAUAUGCUAAAUACAUAACUACUUAUACAGAGAAAAUAUAGGCAGCUAGUUUUAUCUGCCUAUGUAUCAAAUUAGACGUAUCUUCCUCACUCAAUUUCAUUAUAUACUCCAAUUGGAUUAGUUCCAACGAACCAUUUUAUUUGCUAUAACUAGUCCAGCUAGUUAUUAUUAGAUUAUAGUUAUAUUGUUGCUUUUUUAUGUACUAUUGGCUUUGUAUUUUGGUUUACAAUUUGAAAGGGGUAUGCUUACAGUAAUUGAUUACAAUUAUAUCUAAAGUAUAUUGGUUAGUAAUGUAAUGGCUGGUAUAGAUAUCAAUGGUUGACAGAUCCAAUUUGGUGUGAUUACUAUUCGAUUAAGUACUUCACCUUUAUACGUAUCAUGUUGUUUUCAUAAAUGGUAGAAUGAUGUCCCACUAAACAUAAAUAUCUAUACGCAUGCCUAUACUGAAACCAAAAUCAAGUUGAUGAUUCACGUUCUGAAGCUAUAUGUAUAUAUGUUUCAUAUGCCUAGACAAGCUAUACAAAGAAAGCAUACAGUUUUUAGUAGUUAUUCUGAUUACAUGUAUGUAGUAAUGUCUUGUAGUAGUGAUAGGAGUUUAUUGAACUGGUGAACUACGAAUGACUUGAUCCCUUUCUAGGGUACAUAGGCAGUCUAAUGAGGAGGUUAGAUGCAACCAUAAAGUUUACAAAAAUUACUACGCAAUUCGAAUGUUGAAUUACAUAUCCCGGAGGCGGGGUUGUUGGAUAUACGGACAUUUGGUGAUGUUACAUAUCGAUCCUGAAUGUAUGUCGGGAUCGGGACAUGACACCUAAAAAAGGAGUAGAUAGUGAAUGUGUUAAGUAAAUGAUGCUGACGAUUGAAACGAAACAUUAGAAAUUGAAAAUGCAUGCUAAUGAUGAUUUUAUGGCAAAAAAAAUGAUGCUGACGAUUUGCAUUAACAUGGGUGGCGUGCUAAUCUUUUUCUUCUUGCCGACAUCUUAAUUAAUCUUACCGUAAUUAGUAAAAAACAAAUGCGUAUGGUACAGUCAUUCAAUCCCAAAUGAACAAAUCCAAUCCGGAUGUCCAAAUAAAAAGUAGAAUUUGAAAGUCUAAAGUAGCUCAGUUAGUUAAAAGUAUUCGAAGUCUCGAGUUUGACUCUCUCUCAAUGUUUGUAUAAAAAAAAAAAAAAAACGAGGAGAAAUAAGAAACAAGCCCAAAAUUCAGAAAUGGGAGGUGGAGAGGAAGACUGCAGGACAAUCCCAGCCAUUGACCUGAAAAAAUUUCCAGAAGCAGAAGAGUACAGGAAGCUGAGGGAAGCAGCAGAGACAUGGGGAUGCUUCAGGCUUGUGAACCACAUGAUCCCACCGGCUCUGAUGUUGGAGAUGAAAUCAGUGGUCAGAUCUUUGCUGGACCUGCCCAUGGAGAUCAAGAAGCAGAACAAGGAUGGGAUAUCUGGCAGUGGAUACCGGGCUCCCACCAUAGUCAACCCUAUCUAUGAAUCUUUGGGGUUCUACGACUUGGGAUCGCGUCAGGCUUUGGACAGCUUUUGCUCUCAGUUAAAUGCUUCUUCCUACCAGAGAGAGGUGAUGGAGAAGUAUGCUCAAGCAGUGUGUGAGCAGACUCUGGAUAUAGGGCAGAAAUUGGCAGAGAGUCUAGGGUUGGCAGAUAAUGAUUAUCUCAAGGGGUGGCCCUGCCAGUUCAGGAUGAACAAGUACACCUUCACUCCCGAAUCAGUUGGAUCCACUGGUCUACGAUUACACACGGACCCGGGAUUUCUUACCAUUCUUCAAGACGAUGAAAUUGUCGGUGGCUUGGAAGUGAUGGACAAAUCCGGCACCCUUGUAGCUGUUGAUCCUUGCCCAGGCACUCUCCUUGUUAAUCUCGGGGAUGUCGCUCAGAAAGGCAUGGAGCAAUGGAAGGUUGUGCAAUGUCAAGCACAGAGUACAAUUCCGGGAGGCAAGAAUUCGAGUUUCGAUCGCUUCAUUCCAACUUGGACCAGAUGAGGAAGCAGGAGUGGAAGCUCCUCCAGAAUUGGUGGAUUCCGAGCACCCUCGACUUUACGUUCCCUUUACUUAUGGAGAUUACAGAAAGCUAAGAUUAUCCGCAAACCUGUAUGCUGGUGAAGCCCUCGCACUCGUACGCACCUCCUCCUAAGGGCUAGUUUGGUAUUCCCCGGUUUUAAAAAAACUGCUUCUGUUGUACUGCGAAUAUAAACAACUAUAAAAUAAAGCAACAAAAUAUUUGGUAAA